GACACAGCCCGUAUGGGUGUAAUCUGAAAAAACUGCUUGCUUCCCGGAAUUCCUUAAUCCCGCAUACAUCCCAUUGGAAAACGCCAUUUCCUGUGGUGUUGACACUGAGUGACGUCUGACGUUUUUUUCCAUCUUUACAAGGAAUCUUACUCUGCCUUCAGCUACAGUACUCAUGUUUUGCGUACAUUGAUGUUAUAGGAAAGAAAAAGGAAAUCCCGACAAAACAGAGGAAUAAUGUUCAAACAAAAAAUUAACUAAACGAUAUCUUUGACAUAUUGCUGUUGCAACGCUGGUGACGUGAAAGUGAACAGGGAUUCAUUGGGCUAUGAUUUGGUGAUUCUCUACUUUGGUCAGUGUACUGUAAAGCACGUAAUGCUGCCUAAACUGCACUUGCAAACCCUGCUGACCACAGUCCUUCUCUUAGCACUGCGGGUGGACGUGAGUGAAGAAGGUGAGUUACUGGCAGAGAGCAUUGUGCUUAUUACUGCAGGUGAAUGUGGAUAUCUGUCUGUCACUAAACCUGUUCUCAGUGUCGGCUCGAGUCUCACUGCUACCUGCCACUUAUGUAAGGAAGAAACUGCAUCAUGGGAGUACGCGGGCAGUCUGGUGUCUCCCCAGCUGUACUCCCAGAUUAACAGCACAGUGAGCACACUGACUCUGGAUAGCCUUACACUGACCAGCAGGGAAGGAGAGAACCUGACAUGUCGCUCCAGUAAGGGGGAGAGCUAUUCUCAAUUGAUACAGACUGGGUAUUCUCCUCAGGCUCCCACAGACCUGGAGUGUGUCACACAUGACAUGUUAACAUUCAUCUGUUCUUGGAGUGCUGGAUCUGAAAUAAACCUGAAAACCACCUACAAAAUCUGUUACAAGCCAACUCACUGUGAGAGUGUCAAACGAAAUGUAAGUGGAAAAAUAAACCUGGGUCCGUUUGGAGCAGUACAAAUACACAUAACUGCAGUAAAUACACUUGGAUCAGCGACUGCAACCUUUCACUUGACCAAAAAGGAUAUUGCAUUUAUACCACCUGUGCCUCAGAAUGUUAAAGUUGUGCCAGAUUUUUCAUCACAAACCUUGUCUUUGAAAUGGACUAGUGGUGUCUCAGCGCUUGCCUUUCCCACAACCAUUGCAUUUGAGAUUCAAGUUCUCUGGACUGAAAAGAUGGAGGUUAUACACACUGAGAGUUAUGCAGCACAAUUAGAUAGCCAAAAUAAAACCUUUCAGUGGAGCUGGAUCUCUGGCAUGCCUUUGAAUUGCACCUCACACUCUGUGAGAAUUCGAUCCAUCAGCACUGAUAGUUUAGUGAAUUCAAAAAACGGCAGCAGUGACUGGAGCAAACUGCAAACUGUUCCAGGGGCUGAUGACUCAAAAAGUGUCAUGUUUCCAGAGGAUAAAGUUGUGAGAGUAGGCACCAACAUGACAUUCUGCUGUGUUGCUGGGAGAGGUGAACGUAUUAAAACUUUAGUCUAUGGUGCGGAACAUCUGCCCUGCAAUGAACUUGGCAUUAGGAGGAAGGCAAUCACCAAGUACAACCUACCCCCUUCAAAUCCCAGUGGGACAAACAUCAUGUGUGAAUUGGAUCCCUUUGAUUUGAUUGGGACUGUUGUAUUUGUAGGAUAUCCACCAGAUGAUCAACAGCUAGAAUGUGAAACACGUGACUUGCAGAAUAUUGUCUGCUACUGGAACCCUGGUAGACAAACCAUGUUAUUAGGAGGUCGUAGAACGUUCUAUACACUGACAGAAAGGAUUUCUGGCAAAAACGCUUCAUGUCACCGGGCUAAUGAUGCUGAUCCCAAUGGUGAUAAACACAAGUGCCACUUUCCUGUGAUCAGUGGCCAGCAAAUGUAUAAGUUCCUGUUGAAGGCUAAAAAUCCUUUGGGAGAAGUCGAGACCAAUUACACGCUGAACCUGUAUACCAGAGUGUAUCCAUAUAGUCCCAGUAAAGUGACGGUGCUUUGUACUGGCUCUAGACAAACUGAGCUGUUCUUGUCCUGGGAAGUGAGUUACAAAAAUAUGACCUGUCUCUGUCAGUUUGAGAUUAUAACGAACAAUAAGGAGAAACAGCUGAUGAACUUUACUUUACCUGGCCAAGAAGCAAAUGCACAUUCUACAGUCGCUGUAGACCAGUUAUAUCCAGACACGUCCUACAGCUUCCGCACUCGUUGUGCAUCUGCAGAGCAUUUUUGGAAGUGGAGUAGCUGGAGUGAAAGUAAAACAUGUAAAACUCAGGAAGAGGCUCCAUCAAAAGCUCUGGAUGUUUGGAGAGAGAUUAAAAGGACUGAGCAUGGUCAAAAUGUACUUGUCAAAUGGAAGCCUCUUCCCCACUCUGAUGCUAAGGGCACCAUUGUGAAGUAUGAAAUAACCUGGAACGAUGUGAAUGAAGUCGGUGAGCAGUCAGCCGUUGCUCCUGUGUCUGUCAACAGCACAGAGUUGCACCUAAACUUCAGCGAUUACGUCAUCUCGGUCAGAGCGGUCAAUUCGGUUGGCUCCUCUCCCUCUUCUCAGAUCAGGAUCCUAGGACUGCUUGAAGAACAAGCUGAUGAACCAUCUAUAAUUUCUGGCACGCCCAGUGGCUUUAACCUGAGCUGGUCUCCUGGCACCAAUGAGACCUGCGGGUAUAUUGUGGAAUGGUGUCUCUUUCCAGACACAUUGGAUUGUAAUUUGCAAUGGGAAAAAGUCCCACCCAAAACAACACACACAGUGAUAACAUCAGAUGGCUUUAGGCCUGGUGUGAGGUAUUCUUUUUCUGUCUAUGGAUGUUCACAGCACAAAGAGUACCUUUUGAAGAAGAUGGUUGGCUACACGCAGGAGUUGGCUCCAAGACGGGCUGUGAAGGUGAAAGCAGAAGCAAACUCUUCACAUACAGUCACUCUGCGAUGGGAGGACAUUCCAGUGCAGGAUCGCCAGGGUUUCAUCAGAGGAUACAGGGUGUACUAUGUCCCGCAGGUGAACUACAGUGUCAGAUCCCAAAAAUCAGGUAUUAAAGAAGUGAUAAACAUCACAGAUCCGGAUGUCAGGAAUGUAACAGUGACAAAUCUCCACAGCACUACAUAUGAGUUCACAGUUAAGGCUUAUACUGCUGGUGGAGAGGGCAUUGGAGAACCUAUCAAUAUCAACUUGGUCGACAGCCCUUUAGGUUUAAUUCUUGCGAUUCUCGUCCCACUGGGGGUCACCUGCUUCUGCGGGAUUCUUUUAGCGAUCUUCUGUUACACUAAGAGGAAUUGUGUGAAGGAGACUUUCUAUCCUGAUAUCCCCAAACCAGAGAUACAUGGGGAACAAUGGUCUGUUGGAGAGGGGAGGAGCAGUAACCCAACUUUUGAUGUGAAGCCUUUUAUUCCUGACAAAGUUCGGAUCAUAGAAAGCUUGCAUGGUAAAGAUGCAGAAGACUCUGAUAUAUGCAAAGUGGAAAUUAAUAAUGGUGACAGCGAGCAGAUUGAUGUCAACAGCUGUGAUACAUCCACCAACCCCAUGCUUCCAUCGUACUAUCCCCAGAUAGUUGACUCUUACAAAGCUUCAUCAGAUAGCUCAAGUGGGUCUAUGAAUUCCUGCGCAACCCAGGUCACCUAUAGUGACAUUCAGCCACCGUCAAAUGGAUCCGUAAAUAACCUGGAAGUCAUUUCAGACUGCGGAUACAAGCCUCAAAUGAGACCACAUGUGCCUCUUCUAGAUGUGAAUCACACUCCUAAUCCACAGCAUCUUGAUCUUCCAGAACAGAGUGAAGGUUACCAGCCACAGCUAAAAGUAAGCAACUGGAGCUUGGAAUCUCCUGAGGUGGAUGAGGCCAGUGCGUGUAUUGGCAGCCCCACCUCUGUCAACUCCACUCAGUUCCUGCUGCCUGAUCAGGCUUCAGAGGAAGGCCAGUCCACCCGGUCGAGCAGCUGGAAGUUCUCCAGCUUCAUGUCCAGUGCACAGAAACGUUAACCCAUCCCAUAGAAUUGAGACAGCUGAGAGCACAGCUGAAAGAGCGCCAGUUCCACAGAAAUUGCCACGGAAAGACUUUUCUACCGAGAAUGUGAAAUUCAUAUCUAUAUACCAGUCCAUGUACGCUUCAGCGUUAGCAUUUCAAGCUUUGUCCUAACCCGUUCUUUAAUUGUUUUUAAAUAUGUACUGUAUUAAGACUAUAUAGCAUUAUGAUUCCCUGACAACUGCCAUAAAGAGGGGUAUGUGAAUGUGGAUCAAUAACAAAGUUAAAAAUUAUAAACCACAUGGUUUGAGUGGUCAUUAUCCCACUAGUCGAUGCCCUUCAAAGCAAAUGGGACUUAGCAAUUCAAUUUAAGCAACCAAUCCAAAAUAUAACCUAAAAACACAAUUUAUAAAUGUCUAUAUACUGUACACGCAAAUAUAGGUUUAUAAUAUAAUUAAUGUGGCUUUUGCUUUUGGAUGUCCAUGUUUAAAUAUGGUCAUAUAUUUGGUUGGGACUGUCCAUAUAAUAGCCAAUAGAUCAGGGAAUGAACAACAUAUUUUUUUAUUAAAAACCAACAUGACUCUGUACACUGCUGCUAGCUAGCAUGAUUGACUGAGGCAGUUCGGAUAAGCUGUUAGAUUCUUAUAAUACCUACUUGCAUAACGCUCUUUUGUCUGUGCCAUUUCAGAGCUGCUUUAUUUUUUAUUAGAUGUCUGAGAUCCCUUUUGAGGUUUGUCAAUUUUGCAGUUGCUAUGCAAAAGGUUGCAGGUGUCUCGUCUGGUUGUAGGGGAGGGGAGUGCGGCGGUUUUGAAGUGGUUUGAAAUUGUAAAUAGAGCAGACUUGGUUUUAGGUGGACAGGAUUCUGAGCAAGGAGGAUUUAAUUUAAAAAUGCAACCAUGGUUGUUCUGGCUGACUUAAAAGGGAGAUGUUGUUAGAACAAUAUCACAUAUUCUAGUUAAGAUUCAUUGUUGGGCUCUUUAGUGAUCUAAAUACUGUCUUUAACUCCAAAGAUGAUUUAUUUACCCCCUAAUGUUUUAGAGUGUUGCAUUGUUUUAAAAAGAGUGGGAUGGAGAAAUAAAAACAGAACAAGAGCAAUUUUUACCAUCAUUUUUUGUUUUAAAUAUAUACUGUAGUGUUGGCGGCACAUUUGCUGUUGGCAAAGAGAGACCUAUCUGUUCCCAAUACAAUAGAGAGCUUAGCACCAAGAGCAGAAUAUCAGGAUUUAUUAAGUUUGUAUACUGAUAACCGUAUGUAUUAUAACAUUAAGUACAUCCACAGUAUUUGCACCACUUAAUCCUCUAUAGUCUACAUAAACUUUAAUAAAAAAGAGAUCUGUAAAUAAAUACUGGAUAUUUAGAUUAAAGGAAGGAAUUGAUUCACCCAAAGAGGGGCGUACUCAGUAUUGGGGGUAAAGUUAAGAAUUAUAUCCUAUUUGCAUUUUGAGUCCCCAUUUGAGGUGUCAAUUUAGACUGCCAAGUAAGGAACUGUAUAAAAUGUAUUUUCAAAUGUGUACGCACCUUUUUUCAUCUACAUAAUGAAACAAAACUGUGAGCGAAAAAAUGUGAUUGUGCACUAAAUUUAGAAAGCCUUUUUGCCUGUUUUGUUUAUUAUCAUUAGAAAUAAUGUCAUUCUAUAAAGUUAGAUACUUUAAACAGUAGAAUGUUUGUUUGAUUUUGGUAGUGUUCCUAGCUUAAUUUCAGAAACGGGGCUUGAGGGUUAUGUAUUGCCAAAGACCGUUUCAGAUUUAGGUGUGCUUGUUUGGGAUGUAAUUGUGAUGAAAAGAUUUGGGAUGAGGUGUAAUGUAGAUAUGAGCAAGGGCUUUGACUGUGGCUCAGCAAAUUGAAUGGUACAGUUAUACCUCCACAUCUAGCGAAUUGCUUCUGGGGCCAUUCCACAAGGAUUGUAUCACUGGAAUCAGAAUGGCUUGUUCUUUAUGCUUCAGCAUUUGUUGGUCCUUGAAUGGAAUUUAUAUGGCUUUAGACCUGCUGCUGAGGAGGGAAUCUGCUGAAGGGAAAAUAAGUAGGUUUAGUGAUCGGGUCUUUCUUGGUUUUGAGAUUUUCCUCAAGAUAAUUUUAAUGUUUUCCACUUCCUGUUGCUGUGUUUCAUUUGUCAGAUUUCUGUAAAGAGAUUGUAUGUACACUACAUAAUUUGUAGGUUUAUUUUUAUUUUCUAUGUGUUUUGUUUUUUUAAUAGAGAAAAAGGGAUUUUUACACUGUGUUUUUAGUUGUUUGUUUAUUGUUUUUUAUUCCAAUGUAUUAAAUAUAUACAUCUCAUAUAUUAUAUAGUCACAUAGCCUAUAUACCACUGUGAUAAUACUAUAUGUAGACACUGACAGUAGUGUAAGUGAAGACAUGUUUGUGCUAUGAUUCUAUUAGUAUGGCAAACAGUGUAAUCUCAGAUGUAAUCUUUCUGGCAAAUCAUAUGCAAGCCUUUUUUUAAUGCAAAUAUAGACAAAUUCCACAAUAUUAAAGAAAACUCAACACACAAACAGGUGGAUGGAUCUGGGGAGUUAAAGAUCAUCUAAAGUCUUUGUUUGUGCUCUUCCUAUAAUUCAUUUGGUAACUAAUGCACUACAUUUUGUACAUCAUUUAAAUUAAACGCCUUAAUGCACUAUUAGACUAUUCUUUUUACUAGAAUUAAAAGUACAACUGAUUUUUUAAAAAAACUUUUAAGUGCACAUAAUGUUUUGAACUGUUGAUAAAGGAUUAGUUUGGUAAGAGAGACUCUUAUGGUAAAAUAGUUGAUAAUGUUGUCCAGGUCAGUUUCCAAGAACAAAUAUAAUCUCGACACUUUACUGGACAGUGUCGUAAUUAUGGCUUGUUAAUGGUUUAGCAUUGCCUUUGUUUUUGUAAGAUUUGCCUCGGGAAGCUUCAGUUUACUGAUAUGUAAUGGUAAUGGACUAUCCUGCAGCCUUUUCACUUUAUCAGGUUCUACUAUUUUUACACUACAGACAAAGAAUGUGAUUUAGCGAACAUGGGGGAUUACUGAUGUGUCAAUAUUGAUGAGUGCAGUAUUGUGUUAAACAAGAAGGCAAAUGCUCUACAGAGUCCAUUGCUACUGGAACCUUGGCAGCUACCUCAGAUUACUUACGAUGUCUAAUUACCCCACGAGAAAGGAGACAGCCUUGUGUAGCUCAGCUUGGUAUUGUUUUAUGAAUUAUGUAUGUACUUAAAGUAUAAAAAUUUUAGCUUUUUUUAUAUAUAUAAUUGUAAAAGCUGCAGCAGAGCUGAAGGGAUGGUUUGAUCAGCCUAUAAUAAUUCCCUAGUGCUGCAGUAUGCAGCUGUGGCUCAUCCUUGCGGGUUAUAGUUUGAUCAAAUCAACACCUUACCCUUUGCAGAAUUUGCAUCAUUUGAUGUAGUUUUUAAUAAUUUAAGCAGUUGAUGUCACCUUUUUUUUUAAUAUAUAAAAGUGCCUGAUUUAUAUUAAGCUCUACAUCCCAAAGAUUAACUGAUGAAACCUAAUGAUACUUGUUUUACAGUUUGCAUUAUUUACAUACCCCAACAAAGGGGAAAAAGUCACUUUAAACAUAAUUUGUCUACUACAUUUAUAAUUCUACUUAAUGCUGCAUAUAGUAUCACAUGUCUUCAGUUACAAAAUCACUUAUAUAAUCAAUGUAUUGAGAAAUAAAUAAAACCAUUUAAUGAAAAA